UCAACACAAAAGCACGUUAUCGUCAGCUGGAGAAAUGAUUCGCGAGAAACGAUCAGGAAGAAAGGAUUUUCUUCAAACCUUGUUGGAGCUUCAAAACAAACAAGAUUCAGAUAUGUCAAUUAGUCACAAGCAAGUCAAGGCCUUAUUAAUGGAUGUUGUGUCAGCUGGCACCGACACUACGGCGACAACAGUUGAGUGGGCAAUGGCUGGGCUUAUGAAUAACCCGGGCGUCAUGACAAAGGCACAAAAAGAAUUAACCGAAGGCGUGGGAUUGAACAACAUUGUCGAAGAGUGUCAUAUCCCGAAAUUGAAAUAUUUGGAAGCAGUUAUCAAAGAAACAUUGCGCUUAUAUCCACCGGGACCCCUUUUGCUUCCACGGUGUACAUCUGAUACUUCGACAGUCGGGGGGUACACUAUCCCCAAGAAUACAAUGGUCUUUAUAAAUAUAUAUUCGAUUCAAAGAGAUCCUUCCAUUUGGGAUAAUCCGAUGGAAUUCAAGCCGGAGAGAUUUCUUGAUGAUAAUAAUAAUGGGAAAUGUGAUUAUAGAGGUAACCAUUUUCAUUAUCUACCAUUUGGAUCGGGGAGAAGGAUUUGUGCCGGCAUACCACUUGCGGAGAGAAUGCUAUUAUAUUUUCUGGCUUCGCUUUUGCAUUCUUUCGAUUGGAAAAUAGAACAAGGGGAGACGAUUGAUAUGUCCGAAACAUUCGGGAUUGCCUUGAGGAAAACUACACCAUUGUUUGGUAUCCCAACUCCUAGGUUGUCUGAUUCGACCUUGUAUGUGUAGUAUCAUGUUUUAUUAUGUUGUCAAUUAAGAAUAAUAGGGUGAGAUGUAUUCACUUAAUUGUGUGAUUUUAUU